AUGAAAUUUAUUUUAUUUUUUAUAAUUAUAUUUUAUUUAAUUUCAUAUAUUAAUUGUAUAAAAUUGGAAUUAACAGAUAUUACUUAUAAUGAUUUAGGAGUAUCAACACCUUAUCAACACAAUAGGAAUCCAGAUGAUCUUACAGGAGUAGCCUGCUCUUUUUAUUUAAUGUUUUAUGCGGUGGAUAUUGAAGAUACAAUUAAUUCGGGUGAAGCAAUUAAUUUUACUUCUCAAAAUUAUCCUGGACCAUUUUUACAUCAAUUAUCAAAUAAAACAGCCAAAAUCACUCAAUAUGAUAUUUCUAUCCCAAUAGGGUCAACCAUUUUAGAUGUUAUAGCCCAAUAUGAAAAUGCACAGACUUCAAUUAAUGUAACAUUAAAUUGUCAUGAAAAUGAUUUCAGUAAAAUUACAGUCAAAGUUUUUAAAAACUCAAUUGAUUUUAGACCACUUUUUCCUUACCCAGCAUUAGUUAAAUUACAAGGUCCAUUUUAUAAUAAUAUUAGGUCAAUAUCUGCUGUGGGUAUUCCUUAUGGGAUUAGCUCAUUUCUUGUUUUUACAACCCAACCCUAUCUUAUAGAUAGCUUCAAUAUUACUAUUGAAUUUAUUAAUUCAAAUGCACUAAAUAUAACUAUCCCACAAUUUUUUGAAUAUAAUAUAAAUAAUGAUAUAAUUUUAAAUAGAUUUCCAAAUCAAACACAAUUUUAUGAAAUGGGAAGAUAUUAUUCUCCUUUGUAUACUAUAUCUUCAUCUGGUGAUUUACCAAUUUAUAGAACAAAUUCUGUGAAUUCUGUAAAUCCAAAAGCAAUAUAUGGUUCACCUAAUAAUUACACAUUUAUAGGUUCAGUAACCGAACCAGAUUCAAAUAAAAAAUUUUUUUUACAAACAUUAAAUGGAAAUAAAUUUGAAAAUAUUACAACCAAUCUUUUUACAACAAUAAAUGUUCUCCCAUUUUAUAGAAUACCAUUACUUGCUGAUUUUACCUAUAGUACCUCAACAGAUUUAUCAACAAUGUUCACAGCAUACUAUGAUUCAUCCUCAAAAUAUGAUUUUUCAACAAUAAAAUAUACUCUUAAAGAAUACAAUUUAAAAUUAGCAUGGCCAUUUGGAUUUGAAAAUGGAAAUAAUAAUGCCCAUAAGUUAAUUGUAUCUUUUCCAUUUUCCAAUUAUUCAUCACAAUAUUAUGAUACAUUUAGUGUUUCUGUUAUUAGUGGUUCUGUUUUGGGAGAGUUAAUCCCUGUUAAUUUGGUAACAACAAACCCUCUAAAAAUUUUAUCUUUUGAAAUAAUUUAUUUAUAUGAUUUUAAUGUUUUGGUAAAGGUAAAAAUUAAUUCAAAUGUUUCAUAUAAAUAUGAAGAGUUUUCUUAUAUAGAUAUUUUGGGUGAAAAGUUUGGAUAUGAUAAAUGUGUUUCAAAUGAAGAUCAAAAUCCAUCAUUUGAAAUUCUUGUUAAUUCAUGGAAUUUAUUUGAAAAAAUUGAAAUUAGUGAUUUAUCUGGUUAUAUAAUAACAUAUGAUAUGGGCUCAUUUGUUGAUAUAAAUCCUCCAAAAAGAUUAAUGCAUCCAUUAGUUAUGGCUGAAAAUGAUAUUUUUUCAAUUGAAAAUGUUACAUUUUUAUAUAAUAAUUUAAAUGUUAUAGAUAAAAAUGUUCCAAACGUUAUGUCAUUUAAUUAUAGUGAUGUAACCAAUACUAGAAAACCAUUUGGUCUUUACAUUUUAGAUGAAACAUCAGGAUUUUUAAAUAAAUAUGAUGAAAAAUCUGUAUUUUUCUCAAAAUGGAACCCUAUAAAAAAAAUGUAUGAAAUUGAAUUUUUUGUUGGAGCAAAUUCAAGGGAAGGUGUUUUACCUUGGAUGUUAAUGGGUGGUAAUAAUAAUGCAGGUCUUAUAAAUUCAUUUUUACCACAUUCUUGUCAACUUUUUAUAAAUCAAUCGAAAUUUGAUGCAUAUGGUCCAAUUUUUACAAAUAUUACUAAAACUAGUAGUUAUGGAUUAAAACCAGAAUUAUUAGUUGAUUGGGAAUUCCAUAUUAGAGAUGAAGUUAACGGAUUUGAAAGAGGUUAUAUUGAAAUUAGAGGCGAUUUUGAUAGUUCCUUAUAUAGAUUUACAUUUACAAAUGCAAAUUUAAGACAAGGUGAUAUCUAUAAUGGAGUAUACAUUUAUACUCAAAUUAUUUCAUUGAAUAAUGUAUGUAAUAUUCAAAAUUAUACUAUUACAAAUGUUGAAUUAUAUGAUCGAUUUGGUAAUUCUGCAAAGUUUAGUACUAUUUCAGAAAGAGUUGAUGUUGACCCAACAAGAAAUCCUUUUAUUUUAUUUGGCGAUGAUCCAAAUAUAAACAAAUUCCAAACUGAUUGCAAUGAUACAGUAGAUGACUAUCCUCCAAAAUUAUUAUCAUUUUCAUUUGAAAAUAGGAUGGAAACAACUCAAUCAAUAUUAUUUUCAUUUUCAGCUCAAUGUAUUGAUAGUGGUAUUAAAUUCGCACAAUACCCAAUAGUUUAUGCAACUUCAAGCCAAUUCAAAACAGUUCAAUGUAUUUCUUAUAUAGAUUUUUACAAUACCACAUAUGCCUUGUAUUCUUGUCAUAUGGAUAUUCCAUUUGGUUUCGGAUAUAAAAAUGAAAUUUUAUUCAGUGUUUAUGGAUUUAUAAAUAAUGGCGGAUACUUUAGUGGUUUCUCAACAGAAUAUUUGAAAACUAAUUCUUUUCCAUAUUCAAUUUCAAAUAUUCCGCUUUAUAGAAAGUUAUCAGUUGAAAAAACAAGUUCAAUUACAAAUAAAGGUGGUGAUUUAUGGAUUAUUGGUAGAGAAUUUGAUAUUAACAGUUGGGUAUUUGUACUAUAUACUGAUGGUAAACCCAACGAUUCUUUAUAUCCAAAAGAACUUCAUUCAACUGCAAUUCUUGUUAGUGGAAUUAAACCUACUAUACACCCUUUUACAAUUCAAGUAAGACAUAUUACAAAUGGUACAUUAGCUUCAAACAAUUAUAGAGUUGACCCUCUCAUUUUUAUAUAUCCUGAAGAUUCAUCUUCAACUUCUUCAACUUCUUCAUCCUCAACCUCUUCAUCUUCUAGCUCAUCAUCAUCAUCAUCAUCAUCAUUGUCAUCAUCAUCAUCAUCAAAUGAAACUACGCCUAGCCCAACAUCAUUACCAACAAAUGCUCCUCAAAAAUGCAAAGGAAAUCCAAUUUGUGGUGGUUUAAAUGGAUAUUGUUCAUCUAGUGGUUGCGUUUGUUAUUCUCCAUGGGUUGGCGAGGAUUGUUUAUCAAAAGUAAUCAUUGUACCACAACCAUCAACAAAUACCUCGCAACCAUCAACUGAAAUUCCAAUUUUUGAUGAUAAUAAUUCAGAAUCAAUUAUGUUUAAAUCAUUGAUUUCAAUUGUUUCAUUAAGAGAAUUAGAUUUCAAUGAUAAACAAGUAAACCAAUAUAAAUUUGAUAAAUGGACUUAUUCAAAAUUAAAUGAAACAACAAAUCAAUAUUUCACAAAUAUUACAAUUCAACCAUCAGCUUCAAAUAAUUUUAAAAGUAGUAUAACUAAUAUCACUGCAACAUUACAAUGGUUUAAUAAAGAAACAAAUAUAACAUUUGCAAAUGAACAAUUACAAAUGAAACCAUCUAGUAUUAAAUAUACAAUUGAAAUUUCACAAUAUAAAUUCUCAAAUGCAUUAAAUAAAUUACAACUUGUAAUGUCAGCAUCAUUAACAUCUUUUAAAGGUGAUGAUAAUAACAUUUGUUCAUUCAAUAAAUUUGGUGAAACUACAAAUGGUGAUGAUUCUGAAUAUAUUAAAAUCCAAGUUGAUGAUCAUUCAUUAUAUGGUAGAUUUAUUAAAAGAGCUUUCAUUGAUUCAAAAAUUAGAUCAAUUUCAAAUGUUCAAUUGGAUUCAUCAUUUGAAAAUCCUUCCUCAUCUUCAUCCACAUCCUCUCAACUAUUCAUUGGUAUUGAAAUUCCAAUCUAUAAUGAUAAUGUUAUUAUAGAUCCUGACUUUUCUGUACUAAUAGACAGUAAAGCUGCCUCAAAUAGUGAUGAUAAUUCAAUAUGUUCAUCAAGUAUAUCAAAACUAUCAAAAACUCAACUUGCUGGUAUUAUUAUUGGUUCAACCCUAUUUGGUUUAAUAGUGAUAGUUGCCAUAACCUACUAUGUCAUAAAUAAGAGAAAAAAUACUAAAAUGAUUAACAGGAUCCAAAAUAAAUUAAAAAAAGUUAACAAAUAA